AUGCGAGACGCCCCCGACGCCGGCGCCGGGACCGAGAAUGAGAUCGUGCAGAGCGACCACAGCUGGGAAGGGAGUCUUCGCGUCGGGGACCGUUUGACAGAACGCCUUCUCCGACUUGAUCUGGCUCAUCGCCACUUUUCUCGUAUGGACGAGCUGGUACUCGUAGAGCACGCGAAAUAA